AUGGGGCAGAGGCAGCAGAGCCCCGGGGCGGCGGAGCGGGGUUGUGCCGCUGAUGGGGCGGCGAGCGGCAGCCGCGGGCGGCUGGCAGAGUCCUGGCGGCGGCUGAGCUCUCGGCGCGGCUCUGCCAAGCGGGGCGGACCCUCCGCGGCCGUGCCGCCGGCACAGAAAUCAUGGAUAGAAAGAGCAUUUUACAAGAGAGAAUGUGUUCAUAUCAUACCCAGCACCAAAGACCCCCAUAGGUGUUGCUGUGGGCGUCUAAUAGGUCAACAUGUUGGACUGACUCCAAGCAUCUCUGUUAUUCAGAAUGAGAAAAAUGAAAGCAGGCUUACUCGCAAUGACAUCCAGUCGGAGAAGUGGUCCAUCAGCAAGCACACACAGCUCAGCCCAACGGAUGCUUUUGGAACCAUUGAGUUCCAAGGAGGAGGCCAUUCCAAUAAAGCCAUGUAUGUACGUGUGUCUUUUGACACAAAGCCUGACCUUCUUCUGCAUCUGAUGACCAAAGAGUGGCAACUUGAGCUUCCUAAACUUCUCAUCUCUGUGCACGGAGGCCUUCAGAAUUUUGAGCUUCAGCCAAAACUCAAGCAAGUUUUUGGGAAAGGCCUCAUUAAGGCUGCUAUGACAACUGGAGCGUGGAUAUUCACUGGAGGAGUAAACACAGGAGUCAUUCGGCAUGUUGGAGAUGCGCUGAAAGAUCAUGCCUCAAAAUCUAGAGGGAAGAUCUGCACCAUUGGUAUAGCUCCCUGGGGGAUUGUGGAAAAUCAAGAGGAUCUGAUUGGCAAAGAUGUGGUCCGGCCAUACCAGACAAUGUCCAAUCCCAUGAGUAAGUUGACAGUGCUCAACAGUAUGCAUUCUCAUUUUAUUUUGGCUGACAAUGGGACUACUGGUAAAUAUGGAGCCGAGGUGAAACUUCGUAGACAGCUGGAAAAGCACAUUUCACUUCAGAAGAUAAAUACAAGAAUUGGCCAAGGGGUUCCAGUGGUUGCCCUUAUUGUGGAAGGAGGUCCCAAUGUUAUCUCCAUUGUUCUGGAGUACCUGAGAGACACUCCUCCUGUUCCUGUUGUUGUAUGCGAUGGCAGUGGCCGGGCAUCUGACAUCCUUGCCUUUGGUCACAAAUACUCUGAAGAAGGAGGACUUAUCAAUGAGUCUUUGAGGGAUCAGUUGCUAGUUACCAUACAGAAGACUUUCACAUACACCCGAACCCAGGCACAGCACCUCUUCAUUAUCCUCAUGGAGUGCAUGAAGAAGAAGGAGCUGAUCACAGUAUUUCGCAUGGGAUCAGAAGGACACCAGGAUAUUGAUUUAGCUAUCCUGACAGCAUUAUUGAAAGGAGCUAACGCAUCUGCUCCCGACCAGCUGAGCCUAGCAUUAGCGUGGAACAGAGUAGACAUCGCCCGCAGUCAGAUCUUUAUUUACGGGCAACAGUGGCCGGUGGGCUCCCUUGAGCAAGCAAUGCUGGAUGCACUGGUGUUGGACAGAGUGGAUUUUGUGAAAUUACUCAUAGAAAAUGGAGUAAGCAUGCAUCGUUUUCUCACCAUCUCGCGGCUAGAGGAAUUGUACAAUACGAGACAUGGACCAUCCAACACUCUGUAUCAUCUAGUCAGGGACGUCAAAAAGGGAAACUUACCUCCUGAUUAUCGGAUAAGCCUGAUUGAUAUUGGUUUGGUGAUAGAGUACCUGAUGGGAGGAGCGUAUCGCUGCAAUUACACCCGAAAGCGUUUCAGAACACUGUACCACAAUUUAUUUGGGCCCAAGAGGCCAAAAGCCCUGAAACUGUUGGGAAUGGAGGAUGAUGUCCCUUUGCGGAGAGGGAGAAAAACAACCAAAAAAAGAGAAGAGGAAGUAGAUAUUGAUUUGGAUGACCCUGAGAUCAACCAUUUCCCCUUCCCAUUCCAUGAGCUGAUGGUGUGGGCUGUACUGAUGAAGCGUCAGAAGAUGGCCCUCUUUUUUUGGCAGCAUGGGGAAGAGGCUAUGGCUAAAGCACUAGUGGCCUGUAAACUCUGCAAAGCUAUGGCCCAUGAAGCAUCAGAAAAUGACAUGGUGGAUGACAUAUCCCAAGAGCUGAACCAUAAUUCCAGGGACUUCGGCCAGUUGGCAGUGGAACUGUUGGACCAGUCAUACAAGCAGGAUGAGCAACUGGCAAUGAAACUGCUGACCUAUGAGCUGAAGAACUGGAGCAAUGCCACAUGCCUGCAGCUCGCAGUGGCAGCCAAGCACAGGGACUUCAUUGCUCACACUUGCAGCCAAAUGCUGCUCACAGACAUGUGGAUGGGUCGUCUCCGGAUGCGCAAAAAUUCUGGCCUAAAGGUAAUUCUAGGAAUUCUACUUCCUCCUUCAAUCCUCAGCUUGGAGUUCAAGAACAAAGAUGAUAUGCCUUACAUGACCCAAGCCAAUGAGAUCCAUCUUCAAGAGAAGGAGCCAGAGGAACCAGAGAAACCAGUGAAAGAAAAAGAGGAGGAGGACAUGGAACUCACUGCAAUGCUGGGACGAGGGAAUGGAGAGUCCUCAAGAAAGAAAGAGGAAGAAGAAGUUCAGAGCAGGCACAGACUGAUCCCUGUUGGAAGAAAGAUUUAUGAGUUCUACAAUGCUCCCAUUGUUAAAUUUUGGUUUUACACACUGGCAUAUAUAGGCUACUUGAUGCUUUUCAAUUACAUAGUGUUAGUGAAGAUGGACCGCUGGCCAUCUACACAGGAAUGGAUUGUCAUCUCAUACAUUUUCACUCUGGGAAUAGAGAAGAUGAGAGAGAUAUUGAUGUCAGAGCCUGGGAAGCUGUUACAGAAAGUGAAAGUUUGGCUCCAGGAGUACUGGAAUGUUACUGACCUUAUAGCUAUCCUCCUGUUCUCCGUUGGGAUGGUGCUCCGUCUGCAAGAUCUGCCACUGCGGAGCGAUGGACGAGUGAUAUACUGUGUUAACAUCAUUUACUGGUAUAUACGGUUAUUAGACAUCUUCGGAGUAAACAAGUAUUUGGGACCGUAUGUUAUGAUGAUUGGGAAAAUGAUGAUAGACAUGAUGUACUUUGUCAUCAUCAUGUUGGUGGUUCUGAUGAGCUUUGGUGUUGCAAGACAGGCUAUUCUCUUCCCUAAUGAGGAGCCUUCCUGGAAGCUGGCGAAAAACAUUUUUUACAUGCCUUAUUGGAUGAUCUAUGGAGAAGUGUUUGCAGACCAGAUAGACCCUCCUUGUGGUCAAAAUGAAACCAGAGAAGAUGGCAAAAUAAUUCAGCUACCUCCCUGCAAGACAGGAGCAUGGAUUGUUCCUGCCAUCAUGGCCUGUUAUCUCUUGGUUGCAAACAUCCUUUUGGUGAACCUGCUUAUUGCUGUUUUCAACAAUACAUUUUUUGAAGUCAAGUCCAUAUCCAAUCAAGUAUGGAAGUUUCAAAGGUAUCAGCUGAUCAUGACAUUUCACGAAAGACCUGUUCUCCCACCGCCUCUGAUCAUUUUCAGCCAUAUGACUAUGAUAUUCCAACACCUCUGCUGCAGAUGGCGGAAGCAUGAAAGUGACCCGGAUGAGAAAGACUAUGGAUUAAAACUUUUCAUAACUGAGGAUGAACUGAAAAAAGUCCAUGAUUUUGAAGAGCAGUGCAUAGAAGAAUAUUUUAGAGAAAAGGAUGACAGAUUCAAUUCCUCCAAUGAUGAAAGAAUCCGUGUCACUUCAGAAAGGGUAGAGAACAUGGCCAUGCGACUGGAAGAAGUAAAUGAACGAGAGCACUGCAUGAAGGCAUCUCUGCAGACUGUUGACAUUAGGCUUGCUCAGCUGGAAGAUAUGAUGGGACGGAUGGUGAUUGCCCUAGAAAAAUUGACUGGCAUAGAAAGAGGUGAGACAACCAAGAUACGAUCCAGGACCUCAUCCGACUGUACUGAUGCAGCCUAUAUUGUGAGGCAGAGUAGCUUCAAUAGUCAGGAAGGAAAUACUUACAAGCUUCAAGAAAGCAUAGAUCCCACUGGAGAGGAAUCCAUGUCCCCAACAUCUCCUACGAUCACACCCCGCAUGCGAAGCCACUCUUUCUAUGCAACAAACAUGAAGGACAAGUGUGGGCUGGAAAAGUUUGAAAGCAUUUUUAAGGAAAGGUCUCCAAGCCUGCAUCGAGCUAUCAGUUCCCACUCAAUAGCAAAAGAAGGAAAGAUUCCCUUAGCCCCUACCAGCACUUUGUCAAUUGCCCCAGACUCCAGAAGGCCUUCGUCUUGUAUUGACAUCUACGUUUCUGCCAUGGAUGAGAUGCAUUCUGACACAGAGCCUCUCGACAGCUCCAUAAAUAUUCUUAGUACUGGAGAUGUAGCUCUGCAGGCUCACAUAGCCUCUUCCAUUUUGGCUAACAGUGCGUACAUUAGCAGUACACCUGGCGAAAAAAUCUCUGGCAGGAGUCUUGAUUGUGAGGAAACCUCUGGAAUAGAAACAAGAGCAUUUUCUUCAGACUAUUCACAAAUCACAGAUUGUCAAAUCCCCUGGGAUUCAGACCCUCCACUGUAUCAUGCUUUAGAGCGAUCUAAAAGCAGUCGUUACCUGGCUACAACUCCGUUUAUUCUAGAAGAAACACCAAUUGUGAAAUCUCACAGUUUUAUGUUCUCUCCAUCUCGGAGCUACUUCAGCAGCCUUGGUGUCCCAGUCAAGACCGCAGAGUACACAAGCAUUACGGACUGUAUUGACACAAGGUGUGUGAGUGCUCCCCAGGCCAUCGCAGAGAGGGCCAGUUUCCCUGGAAGUCUUGGAGGCAAAGUGGAGGACUUGGGAUGUUGCCACCCAGAGAGAGAAGCUGAACUAAGCCACCCGAGUUCUGAUCAUGAAGAUAUUGAGGCCAAAGACAAGAAGGGAGUCACCUUAUCUCCUCAAGAUGGCAAUGCUACAAGAGCUCUGCCUAACAGCAUCCCAAUUCCUAAAAUAGAGCGGGCCAACAGCUACUCUGCAGAGGAGUCGAACAUGUUAUAUGCACAGCACACACGGAAGAGCUACUCUAUCAGUGACAAACUUGACAGACAGCAAAAUGCAACAAGCCUGCGAAACCCUUUCCAGAGGAGUAAGUCCUCAAGGCCAGAGAGCAGGGGGGACAACCUCUCCAUGAGGAGACUGUCAAGAAUGGGAGCUUUCCGCAGCUUUGAAAGCAAGCACAGCUAG